AUGGACUCCUACAGGGAAGACAUCAAGCUGGUUGCCGAGCGGAUCAACUACACCUUUGUGGACUUCGAGCACACGAACCUUGUGUCGGCUGGGGAAAUGACGGGCCAGCUGGAGAAGGUGGUUGCGGUACCGCCGCUGACCAGUGUCACUCGCUUCCCCUGGAAGGUGAUGAUGCAUGGUCUCAUAGUGUGGCUUGACCCAGAUGGCUGGGAGCGGCGCGACAUCAUCAUGCGAGAGAAGAUCCGGAAGAAGAAGUUUCCGAAGAAGAAGGCGGCCUUCGGCCCUGAGAA